AUGUUCUAUCAACCUGGGAAAGAAGACCAUGGCCUGCCGUACGAUCCAUUCAAAGCAUGCGUCCUCCCCCGCCCCAUAGGCUGGAUAUCCACCCUCUCCCCUACGGGCCACGCAAACCUAGCCCCCUACUCUCAAUUCAACAACCUCACCUUCGACCCCCCCUACGUCAUGUUCAGCGCAAACCAAACACCAACCAACAGCCAGAAAGACACCGUCCGCAAUGUCGAAGCUACGGGGAAAUUCGUUUGGAAUCUGGCGACGUAUGAACUGAGAGAAGAGGUGAAUAGGAGUGCGGUGCAGGAGGAGUACGGCGUUGAUGAGUUCGAAACGGCGGGCGUGGAGAAGGAGGAUAGUAGGGUUAGCGGAGUGGUUGUUGGUCAUGGUGGAGCUGAGGGGAAAGAGGGGAGAAGAGAGAUGAUGAUACCGAUGGUGAAGCGCAGUCCAGUCAAGUUCGAGUGCGAGUACUACACAACCUUGCGCCUUCCCGGUAAUCCACCGAUGGGCUCGGCAGAUGUUGUGAUUGGAAAAGUGGUUGGUGUGCACAUCGAUGAGCGCGUUUUGACGGACGGUAAGAUCGAUGUGAGGAAGACAGAGCCGAUCGCUAGGUGUGGGUACUAUGAGUAUGCGGUUGUGAGGGAGACAUUCGAGAUGCGGAUACCGGGAGAGGAUAAGGCGAUUUUGGCAGGGUUGGAGGGGAGUGCGAAGAAGAAUGAGAGAUUGGAUCGGGUGGGGGAUGUGGAUGGAGGGAUGGGCAUAGAAGGAAAGCGUCUUUGA